AAAAAUAAAUUCCCCUCCCUCUUACUUCUUCCCCACCCUUCCAUUGUUUGGACCAAAUCAAUGGCGUCAAGAGUAAACAUCUACUUCCGCUUGACGAUGAACUAAAACGAUUGGACAAUCUAGAGUAGGCGGAUCGCUCGUCUCCACCAUUCCCAUUACUUUCACUUCACUGGGACGCCGCCGCCUGGGGUAAAAGCUCGUGCACCUGGUGGAUCGCUUUGCGAAUCUGUAUAGUUCCAACGAAAGAUAAGAAAGAAUGUGGUUGUUUAGCCGGAAAGGGUCUUCUGGGUUCUCGUCUUCUUCCACAGCGGAGGAAGUUACUCACGGAAUCGAUGCAACUGGCCUCACUGCCGUUGUUACAGGUGCUUCAAGUGGUAUUGGCACUGAAACAGCUCGUGUUCUUGCAUUUCGUGGUGUCCAUGUUGUCAUGGCGAUCAGGAAUUUGGCUGCUGGUAGAAAGUUCAAAGACAUAAUUGUCAAAGAAAUUCCUACAGCUAAAGUUGAUCUCAUGGAGUUGGAUCUCAGCUCAAUGGCAUCUGUAAGGAAAUUUGCAUCUGACUUCAAUACCUCAGGCCUUCCUCUGAACAUCUUAAUUAACAAUGCAGGAGUCAUGGCGACCCCAUUUACACUUUCUCAAGACAAGAUAGAACUGCAGUUUGCAACAAACCACUUAGGUCACUUUCUCUUGACAAAUCUAUUGUUGGACACUAUGAAAAGAACAGCACGCGAAAGUAAUAAAGAGGGAAGGAUUGUGAAUGUUUCAUCAGAGGCUCACCGAUUUUCUUAUGGUGAAGGAAUUCGUUUUGAUAGAAUCAAUGAUCAAUCAGGGUAUGGCAGUAUGGGUGCAUAUGGCCAAUCAAAGCUUGCUAAUAUUUUGCAUGCUAAAGAACUUGCAAGGCGUUUAAAGGAAGAUGGGGCUGAGAUAACUGCAAAUUCACUUCAUCCAGGAUCCAUUGUCACCAAUCUUUUCCGUCACAACAGCUUACUUGAUGGUCUUGUUAAUAAGCUAGGUAAAUUUGUGCUUAAAAAUGUUCCGCAGGGGGCAGCGACAACCUGCUACGUGGCAUUGCAUCCACAGGUCAAGGGGAUCAGCGGGGAAUAUUUUUCAGAUAGUAACGUGUCCACGGCUAACUCAAAGGCAAGGGACCCUGAUUUGGCAAAGAAACUAUGGGAUUUCAGCAUGAAUUUGGUUAAAUGAUGUACCCACAAUUCAUAGAAAUAAGAUAUUUCUGUACUUGAAAAGAUGAAAAGAGCCAGAAAAGGAGCUAUACUCUGAAUGGUAGAAUUCUUCAUGUUUCCUAUUUGCAGAGUGGAUUUGAUUGUCUUAUUUUAGUUGAUGCCAAGGUACAGUGGUCAUUCAUCUUUUGUUUUAUCCAAGUACCCUUAUGUUGUGUUUGGAAGGAUGAAAAGAGAAGGAAGAAAAGAGGAAGCCAAGGGGAUUGAAAAUUUCCUUUCUUCCAUUUUGUAGUUGUCAAAA